AUGGCCGCCGCCGUCCCCAACGGCCACCCCGCCGGCGUCGGCGUCGGCGACGACGCGCCCCCUCCCGCUUCGUCGUCGCUGGUGUUCCUGGGCACGGGGUGCUCGAGCGCGGUCCCGAACGCGCGGUGCCUGAUCCAGCCCCCCGACCCGCCCUGCUCCGUCUGCUCCCAGUCCCUCUCCGUCCCGCCCGAGCUAAACCCUAACUACAGGUGCAAUACUUCUCUUUUGAUUGACUAUUGCCAAGAUGAAGGUGCACAUAAGUAUAUUAUAAUUGAUGUGGGGAAGACAUUCAGAGAACAAGUUCUGCGAUGGUUUGUUCGCCACAAAAUCCCUUGCGUUGAUUCUAUUCUUCUGACUCAUGAGCAUGCAGAUGCAAUCUUGGGCCUUGAUGAUGUUCGGGUCGUACAGCCAUUUAGUCCUACAAAUGAUAUUGAUCCAACCCCAAUUUAUCUAUCUCAAUUUGCUAUGGACAGCAUCUCCCAAAAGUUCCCUUAUUUGGUCAAAAAGAAAUUAAAGGAAGGGGAGGAGGUCAGGCGAGUUGCCCAACUUGACUGGAAAAUAAUUGAGAGUGAUAUUCAGAAACCAUUUACAACUUCAGGGCUAGAGUUUGUUCCCUUGCCGGUUAUCCAUGGUGAAGACUACAUUUGUUUGGGUUUCCUUUUCGGAAGAAAAUCAAAAGUUGCUUACAUAUCAGAUGUUUCGCGGUUUCCCCCAAGCACAGAAUAUGCAAUUUCGAAGUGUGGAGGGGGCCAACUGGAUUUGCUCAUCUUGGAUUGCCUGUACAGGACAGGUUCUCACAAUGUGCACCUAUGUUGGGACCAGACACUAGAUGCUGUUAGGAGGAUUUGCCCCAAAAGAGCAUUGCUCAUUGGGAUGACCCAUGAGAUGGAUCAUCACAAGGACAACCAAACAUUGGAAGAAUGGUCCAGGAGGGAAGGGAUAGAUGUACAGUUAGCUCGUGAUGGCUUGCGUGUCUACAUCGAUCUGUAA